AUGCUGUUUCAGGUGGUGCAGAGCGGAAGUGUCGCUGUCAAUCAAAAGCUAGUUUACGAUCCUUUGGGUCCAACAUCAGCGGACCAAGGCAGUGGACCAAGGCAGUGGACCAAGGCAGUGGACCAAGGCAGUGGACCAAGGCAGUGGACCAAGGCAGUGGACCAAGGCAGUGGACCAAGGCAGUGGACCAAGGCAGUGGACCAAGGCAGUGGACCAAGGCAGUGGACCAAGGCAGUGGACCAAGGCAGUGGACCAAGGCAGUGGACCAAGGCAGUGGACCAAGGCAGUGGACCAAGGCAGUGGACCAAGGCAGUGGACCAAGGCAGUGGACCAAGGCAGUGGACCAAGGCAGUGGACCAAGGCAGUGGACCAAGGCAGUGGACCAAGGCAGUGGACCAAGGCAGUGGACCAAGGCAGUGUUAG